CACAGAGACAGCGGCCGUGGGGACACGGAGACAAAGACACAGACAGAGAGACACAGAGACAAAGACACAGACAGAGAGACACGGAGACAGAGAGACACAGAGACAGCGGCCGUGGGGACACUUGAGACAAAGACACAGACAGAGAGACACAGAGACAAAGACACAGACAGAGAGACACGGAGACAGAGAGACACAGAGACAGUGGCCGUGGGGACACGGAGACAAAGACACAGACAGAGAGACACAGAGACAAAGACACAGACAGAGAGACACGGAGACAAAGACACAGACAGAGAGACACACAGAGACACAGCGGCCGUGGGGACACGGAGACAAAGACACAGACAGAGAGACACGGAGACAGAGAGACACACAGAGACAGCGGCCGUGGGGACACGGAGACAAAGACACAGACAGAGAGACACGGAGACAGAGAGACACACAGAGACAGCGGCCGUGGGGACACUGAGACAAAGACACAGACAGAGAGACACAGAGACAAAGAUACAGACACAGAGACAGAGAGACACACAGAGACGGCGGCCGUGGGGACACUGAGACAGAGACACGGACAGAGAGACACGGAGACAAAGACACAGACAGAGAGACACAGACAGAGAGACACGGAGACAAAGACAGAGGGACAGCGAGACACAGAGGCCGUGGGGACACUGAGACAGAGAGACACACAGAGACACAGAGACACACAGAGACAGCGGCCGUGGGGACACGGAGACAAAGACACAGACAGAGACAAAGACAGAGGGACAGCGAGACACACAGAGACAGCGGCCGUGGAGACACGGAGACAAAGACACAGACAGAGACAAAGACAGAGGGACAGCGAGAUACAGACAGAGGCCGUGGGGACACGGAGACAAAGACACAGACAGAGAGACACGGAGACAAAGACAGAGGGACAGCGAGACACAGAGGCCGUGGGGACACGGAGACAGAGAGACACACAGAGACAGCGGCCGUGGGGACACGUAGACAAAGACAGAGAGACAUAGACAGAGAGACAGAGAGAGACAGAAAGACUGAGAGAGACAGAAAGAGAGAAACACGCAGAGAGACAGAAACAGAGGCAGGCAGAAAGAGACAGACAGAGAGACAAAUACAGAGACAGAGCCGAGAUACAUACACAGAUAGAUACGAAGAGAGAGAGACACACACACAGCCACAGAGAUACGGAGACACAGAGACAAAUAUACAUUGAGAGACACAGGGAGAUAGACAGAUUCACACAGAUAAAGAUACAGAGAUAGUCAGAGACGGACAGAGACUUGAGAGUGACAGAGAGACAUCGAGACACGGAGACAGACAUUUAGAAAUAGAGAGAUAAGGGCACGGAGAGACAGCGAUACAUAUACAGGCAGACAGACCCAGAGACAGAUACACAGAGAGGGACAUAGACAGACCCAGAGACAUACACAGAGAGAGAUAUACACAGACAGACACAGAGACAGAUACACAGAGAGAGACAUAGACAGACACAGAGACAGAUACACAGAGAGAGACAUACACAGAUAGACUCAGAGACAGACACACAGAGAGAGACAUACACAGACAGACACAGAGACAGACACACAGAGAGAGACAUACACAGACAGACACAGAGGCAGAUACACAGAGAGAGACAUACACAGACAGACUCAGAGACAGAUACACAGAGAGAGACAUACACAGACAGACACAGAGACAGAUACACAGAGAGACAUACACAGACAGACACAGAGACAGAUACACAGAGAGAUAUAUACACAGACAGACACAGAGACAGAUACACAGAGAGAGACAUACACAGACAGACACAGAGACAGAUACACAGAGAGAUAUAUACACAGACAGACACAGAGACAGAUACACAGAGAGAGACAUACACAGACAGACCAAGAGACAGAUACACAGAGAGAGACAUACACAGAUAGACUCAGAGACAGAUACACAGAGAGAUAUAUACACAGACAGACACAGAGACAGAUACACAGACAGACCCAGAGACAGAUACACAGAGAUAUACACAGACAUAGCAAGGGUCUUAGACGUAACUCGGAUACAAAGGCCGAGACAAAGAGACAGGGGGAGAUAGACAGAAGACGAAGCUACAGAGACACAGACAAUACGUGCAGUGCUAAGAAAGACAGAGAGACACACACACAGACACAGGGGGAGAUAGACGAAGCUACAUAGAAACACAGAGACAAAGAUUAACACAGAGAGAGACGAGACGUACAGUGCUAAGAAAGAUACAGAGAGACACAGAUACAGACAUAGAUACAGAGACAGACAUCGAGACAAAGACAGAGAGAGACAGAGAGACAAGAGACAGACAGAGAGACAAAGAUACAAAGAUACAGAAACAAGGAUAGAGAGAGACACACGUGGCCAUAGAAAGACAGGCAGAGAGACAGACAGGAGACAGACACAGAGACAAAGACACAGAAACAAGGAUAGAUACAUUCCGUGAUAGACAGAGACACACGUGGACAUAGAGAGAGAGACAGAGAGACAAGAGACAGACAGAGACAAAGAUACAAAAACAAAGAUAGACAGACCCGUGGCCAUAGAGAGAUACACGUGGAGAUAGAGAGACAGACAGAGAGACAGACAGAGACAAAGAUACAGAAACAAGGAUAGAGACACGUGGCCAUAGAGAGACAGACACAGAGACAAAGAUACAGAAACAAGGAUAGAGAGAGACACACGUGGCCAUAGAGAGACAGGCAGAGAGACAGACAGGAGACAGACACAGAGACGAAGAUACAGAAACAGGGAUAGAGACACGUGGCCAUAGACAGACAGAGAGACAUAGAGACAGACAGAGAGACAAAGAUACAGAAAGGAUAGAGAGAGACACACGUGGCCACAGAGAGACAGACACAGAGGCAGCUACACUGAAUAUCGACAGAGAUACGGCAAAGACAACAAGUGAGAUGGAUUCACGAAUCACGUUUCCGACCAUCAAACAAGAGUGCGAAGAACAUCCGAGUCCUGGUGAGUGCGCCGACUCGACGGCGAAACGUAAAGAAGCCGAUGCGGCUGCAGAUGGCAACGUUCCCGAGGUUGACGAAGCCGCCGGGCGACCGGGGAAGGAGGCGGGAGAAGCUCGCGGCUGCGUGACCGCGACGAAGAAGAAGCUGGUCAAGGUGGAGGUGUGGUCGGAAGACGUUCAGAAAUUCAUCGUCGUCAAGUUGCUGGAGGAGGACAUUGGUCAAGCUCCGGACCGAAGCACUGCUCCAGUUGAUGGAGGCAGCAGCGAGAGGCCCGAGGAGACGGGGAACUCCCGUGGACGCGUGGACGCCCCAGACCAGAACUUUAUCGAGGUGGAGUUGUCGGAGGACGACGUCGGUGAAGCUCCGGAUCCGAAUGCCGUUCGAGUCGAAGAAGCCACCGAGAAGCCGGAGGAAGUGAAGGAUUCCCGUGGGUACGUGAACACUCCGGACCAGAACUUCAUCGAGGUGGAGUUGUCCGAGGAGGACACGGGUGAAGCCGACGACGAUGACGACGACGAUGAUUGCGGCGGCGACGUCGGCGGCGACGACGGCGGCGACGGCGGCGACGACGACGGCGGCGACGACGACGGCGACGACGCUGCGAAAGAAUCGGAACCGCCGUGCGACGAGUGCGGGAAGGGCGGAGCCUUCGAAGUGAUGAAGACGGACGAAGCGCAACGCAGCGGCAAGACGUGGGGAACCUGCAAGCGUUGCGGGAAGGUGGCGGAAGGCGCCCCGCCGUGCGCGGUGGCGGUUGCCGCCGACGAGAGGAAGCUCGCGUGCAAGGAGUGCGGCAAGGAGUUUACGACGCGUCGCGACUUAAACACGAACUCCAUCUCGCAUACGGGGGAGUACGCGCACGCGUGCGAGGAGUGCGAGAAGGGGCUCUCGAAGACUCCUGUGGAGGCGGCGGCGGCACUGCCGCCGCCGACGAAGAAGAAACGCUGCCGGGCGCGCGCCGGCGAGAGGCCGCACACGUGCGCCGAGUGCGGCAAGAGCUUCUCGCGGCUGUCCAACCUGGAGCUGCACUCGAGGACUCACGCGGCCAGGAAGUCGCACGAGUGCGCCGAGUGCGGCAAGACGUUCACGCGCCGCUUCAGCCUGCAGAUACACGCGAGGACGCACACGGGCGAGAGGCCGCAUGUGUGCGUCGAGUGCGGCAAGGGGUUCGCGGCAAGGGCCGACUUGAACAAGCACGGCAAGACGCACGCCGUUCGGAAGACGCACGCGUGCGCGGAGUGCGGGAAGACAUUCACGAAGCUCUCCAAUUUGGAGGCCCACUCCAGGGUGCACAGUCGGGAGAACCUGCACACGUGCCUGGAGUGCGGAAAGAGCUUCUCGAAGCGCUCCACCCUGAACACGCACUCGAGGACGCACACGGGAGAGAGGCCGCAUGUGUGCAAGGAGUGCGGCAAGGCGUUCUCGCAGCGCUCCAACCUGGACACUCACUCCCGUACGCACACGGGCGAGAAGCCGCACGUGUGCAUGGAGUGCGGGAAACGGUUCACGCGCCACUCCAGCUUGGAGAUACACUCCCGGACGCACACGGGCGAGAGGCCGCACGUGUGCCUGCAGUGCGGGAAGGGGUUUACGGCCCAGGCCGACUUAAACAAGCACUGCAAGACGCACACGGGCGAAAAGCCGCACGUGUGCGAGGAGUGCGGCAAGAGGUUUUCCAAGCGCUCCAAUUUAGAGGCCCAUUACAGAACCCACACGGGCGAGAAGCCGCACAUCUGCAAGGAGUGCGGGGAGAGGUUUUCGAAGCGCUCCACCUUGGAGAAACACUCGAGGACGCACACGGGCGAGAGGCCGUACAUGUGCGAGGAGUGCGGCAAGAGGUUUACGCAGCGCUACAAUUUAGAGAUGCACUCCAGAACGCACACGGGCGAGAAGCCGCACGUGUGCGAGGAGUGCGGCAAGGGGUUUUCGCAGCGCUCCACCCUCGACAAGCACUCGAUCACGCACACGGGCGAGAGGCCGUACAUGUGCAAGGACUGCGGGAAGAGGUUCACAACGCGGACUUAUUUAAACAAGCAUUUUAGGACGCACUCCCACGAGAAGCCGCACGCGUGCGGGGAGUGCGGCAAGGGCUUCACACGGCGCUGCAAUCUAGAGACGCACUCGAGGUCGCACACCGGCGAGAAGCUGCACCCGUGCGCGGAGUGCGGGAAGGGGUUCACGGCGCGCGCCGAACUGACGAAGCAUUCGCGGACGCACACGGGCGAGAGGCCGCACGCGUGCGAGGAGUGCGGCAAGGGGUUUUCCAAGCGCUGCAAUUUAGAGACUCACUCGAGGACGCACAGCGGGGAGAAGCCGCACGCGUGCGCCGAGUGCGGCAAGAGGUUCUCGAAGCGCUCCACCUUGGAGACCCACUUGAGGACGCACACGGGCGAGAGGCCGUACAUGUGCGACGAGUGCGGGAGGAGGUUCACGCAGCGCUACAACUUGGAGAUGCACUCGAGGACGCACACGGGAGAGAGGCCGCACGUGUGCAAGGAGUGCGGCAAGGGCUUCUCGCAGCAAUCCACCCUGAAUAAACAUUGCGCGACGCACACGGGCGAAAGGCCGCACGCGUGCGCGGAGUGCGGGAAGAGAUUCACGCAGCGCUACACUUUGGAGAUGCACGCCAGGACGCACACGGGCGAGAAGCCGCACCUGUGCAACGAGUGCGGGAAGGGGUUUUCCCAGCGAUCCACUCUGAAUAAACAUUCCAUAACGCACACUGGGUAAAUGCCACGCGCAGUUCUAGGGUUGUUGAUUUUGAGUGAGCCGUUGUGUAAGUAAGACUUUUUUCAGAAGCGAUCUGGCCAUCACAAAUGAUAGCUCGGCGAAGUGGCUUAGCAUCACGUGGAAAUUUUAUAGCAGCCAAAUAAUCUAAAUGCGUGUAUGUAAAUGUGGGGUGGGAAAAAUGCACACUAUCACGGGGAGAGAGACACAUGCAAAUUCCAAAUAUAAAGCGGGCGUCGUCAGGGUUGGGGAUCAAACCCGCGGCCUCCUGUACACCAGGCGAGGGAGAUAAAAUCUCCUAGCCACCGUGGCGUCCGAUCAGAUUUAGACGCAUUCUCGAACACGCAACUGGUAACAAGCCAAGGGUAUACAGAGUGCGGAGAACGGCUUGACGAUGCGUGCGUAGUUAAAUUAUCAUUCCAGAACACGCAACUCGUCAGACGCUACACAUCUGAUGAGAGCGUGUGGGAUGGGAGUCCACAAAAUAUAAACUACUGCUUGAGACCCCACAGCAGGUGCACAUAUUGUGGGAAGGAUGUUUUAACAUGUCGGUUUUCUUGACCAAUAUCAUCCAUAAUGCUAGUAACGAAUUGGCACGUUCUGUUUACGUGACACUAAACCUUACUAAUUGGCCGCGUCGGGUGGUGGCUGGUUUAACGACUCAUUUAUAUAUUGACAAGAUCUAACCUGAAAAAAAACUUGUUAAAGAGGUUUUCCCGGAUCGUUCCUAUAAGUAGUGGGUUACAGAGCACACGCUCAAUGGGACAUUUGAAUGUCGGCAUUUCUCUUUCGAUUCAAAGCAAUGUUGACUGUAAGUUUAUUUCUCGGUGGUAUGAAACUGUAAAAAGUAAUCAAAAAAAGAUACGUGCAUAAACAUGAUCUGAAAAUAAUGCCUAUAAAACAUGGAAGUGUGAUUCAUGUAUUGUAAGCGUAUGUGUGUAUAUGUGGGGAGCGGUAGUGUAGCGGUUAGCACUAUGAACGCGGCGACCCGAGUUCGAUUCCCGCUCACGGCCAACACCGGUGACGAUUAUCUGAACCGGUCCUGGGCUCUCCCCUAGAUCGACUCAGCCUUAAAUGAGUACCUGGUGCGGUGCAUAGUAAAUAUCGUCACUGGAGAUAAUGGUGGCCGGGCGUGGUGGUGGCCACCCAUGCCCUCGUGUGCCAAACCGGCCUUAAUAGGUGCUCGCUAACAGCACUUGCCCCAACAGUCUGUUCAGGCUAUACGGGGGAUCCUAGUGGACAUAUUACACCAGCCCACAGGGGAUUAUUGUGUCCGUCCGUCGUGCAUCCAAAAA